CCCGGUCCUAUAACAUGGGGAGGGCUCUGGAGUUUAAAACUGUGUGAAUAUGAUAGCCCAUCUGGAGCCCUUGGUCCUGCUUAUGCAAGUGGAGAUCUCCAUGCACUAUUGAAAGUUGACAGUUCGGAGGCACUAAUCUGACAGGAGGUCGGUGUGAAAACAAAAAACACAACGUUUUUUGGACAUAACAACUGCAGCUGCUUGGGAGGCAAAAAAAAAAAGAAAGAAACUUUAAUUUCAUCUUAAAGUGGAGGACCCGCAUGAGAGAUUGAUUUUGGAGGACAAAGGCAGACAUCAGGGAGGUGAGUGGCGGGUUUACCCUCAGAGGGGGUAGAGAAAAAAAAAAACAUGACUGUAGUGUCCCAGGACCAUAAGGACGAGGCUGUGACUAUCACCCCUUUGUUACGCGAUGCUGCAGACUUGGAACCUGCGGACCAGGAGUGCAGCGAAAGGGUGAUCAUCAACAUAUCGGGCCUGCGCUUCGAGACGCAGCUGAAAACACUGUCGCGCUUCCCGGCCACGCUGCUGGGGGAUCCGCGUAAAAGGACGCGCUUCUUCGAUCCGCUGAGGAACGAGUUCUUCUUUGACAGGAACAGACCAAGCUUUGAUGCAAUCCUCUAUUAUUACCAGUCAGGUGGGAGGCUCAGGAGGCCCGCGGGUGUACCUGUAGACAUUUUCCUGGAGGAGCUCAAGUUUUAUGAACUUGGAGAGGAGGCUAUAGAGCUGUACAAGGACGAUGAAGGAUUGCCGAGGGAGGAGGAGCGGCCGCUGCCGAACAACACCUACCAGCGGCAGCUCUGGCUCCUGUUUGAGUACCCAGAGAGCUCCGGACCCGCACGCUCCAUCGCCAUUGUCUCUGUUAUGGUUAUUUUGAUAUCUAUUAUUAUAUUCUGCUUAGAGACUUUACCGGAGUUCAGAGAGUUGCCCCCAGAGCCGGAGCAGCACGCAAAUGGAAGCGCAAACAGCAAAGCGCCCAAUCCCUUCACAGAUCCCUUCUUCAUGGUGGAGACGCUUUGUAUCGUGUGGUUCUCCUUUGAGUUCACCAUGAGGUUCCUGUCUUGUCCCAGCAAAGCGGCGUUCUUUAAAAACAUCAUGAACCUGAUAGAUGUGGUGGCCAUCGCGCCCUACUUCAUCACCCUGGGCUUGGAUCUGGCGGAGCAUGAGGGCAGCAGUCAGCAGGCGGCCUCUCUGGCCAUCCUGAGGGUCAUCAGGUUGGUGCGCGUCUUCAGGAUCUUCAAGCUCUCCAGACACUCCAAAGGCCUGCAGAUCCUGGGCCAGACUCUCCACGCCAGCCUUCGGGAGCUGGGGUUGCUCAUAUUCUUCCUCCUCAUUGGAGUUAUUUUGUUCUCCAGCUCGGUUUAUUUCGCUGAAGUUGAAGACCCUGACACGGUUUUUUCCAGUAUACCUGAUGCGUUCUGGUGGGCUGUGGUGACGAUGACCACGGUGGGCUACGGAGACAUGUAUCCCUCCACUAUCGGAGGGAAAUUCGUUGGAUCCUUGUGCGCAAUCGCCGGAGUGCUGACCAUAGCUCUACCUGUUCCUGUCAUUGUGUCAAAUUUCAACUAUUUCUACCACAGAGAGAACGAGGAGGAGGAAAAUGUGCAGUACAUCCAUGUGACCUGUGGGCAGCCGGAGCACCAUCCCUCUUUUGGGGAAACGGAUUCCAUAAAAAGCGACCAGUCUCUCUCCAAAACCGAGUCCUAUCAGGAGAGCGAUGAGCUGGGAAUCCUGACUCAUCCAAACGCAACUCAGCCAGUGAAUUACGCAGGGCAGCUGACAGUUGUGUAAACAGGAAACAAGUUGUUUCUGGAAAGGGACACUAUGUGAUCUUCUGCUGCUGUAGCACAUCUGCAUCUGCUUCAAGGUUCAACAUGUUGGUAUUCAAAGGUGGUAAUUUUCAUCUCAGUUGAUUAUUUUAGCAACUGUUAUCUUUCUUCCAUCGUUCUCACCUUUUGAUCUAUAAUCUUAGAAGUAGUUGUGAGAGAAAACCUGGUAGGGCAACAGUUUCUUAAAUACUGAAACCCUUUUGUCUGUCACUAACAAGCAUGCCAUUCAAAGACACCUAAAUAUCCCUAUUCUAAUAAUCAGUUUGUUGAGUUUCUUCGCUCUCAUUGACAAAUGUUAACAAGGAAUUCAAAAGGCAUACCUGAUACAGUAUAUGUGCAAGUUCCUAUCUCCAGCAUUUAAAAGGACACCCUCGAUAGGUGACCAGUCGAUCACAAAAUGAGAAAUAUUGCAAAGAAAAGAACUGUCUUGAUAUUUU